AUGACAACUGAUUGGCGAGAGCGCUCUGAACUCUCAGAUUCAAACCCUGCACAAGCCAGUAGCAACCCCAGUUCCUCACAAGCCAAGCAUCGGGUCGCUUGCCAGAGAUGUUUUCGGCGGAAGCAAAAAUGCGACAGAAUACGCCCAGCCUGCACAUCAUGUGCUGCUCAAGGAGUGGAGUGUAUUGCGCGCUCUCAGCAGUUCGACUUUGAUUCCGAAGAGACUGGUCUUACCCCUGCUAGAGUCAAUGGAUAUGUCGAGUCUCUGAAACGUCGCGUGGCUGAACUUGAGCAAAAGGUCAAGGCAGCUGAGACGUCCCAUGUUCAGACUCGACGAUCCUUCAAUUCAGACGUUGCUCUACCCAUCAAUGGAAAAAGGCGUCGCUCAACUGAAGGCUAUGUGCCGGUGGUCAGCGCUGAACCCAACAAUACCUUGCCAAAUUGUGACGAUCAGUCAACCGUGGAGGAUACAAUGAGCGCUAUCGGGUUGCUGUCUAAUCGGGCAAUGGCUGAAUCUCGCGGUCACAUAGGCAACGAGCCCCAUAAGCUUUCAAUGAUUGAGUCUAUCUCAGCAGCUCUAGCUGUAGAUGGCCAAGAUCCCUCCAAGGCCUCAGCCUCGUCUUCCCACCAUAUCUCUCUGGAUGAUGAUCAACCCAUCGUACUAACACCUGAUCUUACAUCGAUCUACAUCCAACGAUUUAUCGACUGGAGUGUAUGGCUCCCGCACAUUGACGAGAGCCAUUUGAUGCGACAAUAUCAUGCAGUCGUUGACUCCGAUGGCACAGACCAACCUUCGCUUCAUCGCUUCAACACAUAUCUAUCUGUUGCGAUUGGCAUUAGCAUGUCAGCAGAAAAAGGUCGCUUGACUGCACUGGCCACAAACCUCCACAGUACAGCUGUCAAGCUGCUGCCGUCAAUUUUACAUUCCCAAGAGCCAUUCGAUACACUACAUUCGGCAUCGUUCUUGGACGCCUACACAACCUUAGCAGCUGCAGUCGUGUAUUUGUGUCUCGUGCAGACACCCCACCCCAAUCAACAAGGGUUCGCGCAGACCUUUGAAGUGGUCAGCAAAGCCUCUGUCCUGCUCACUCAGUGCUCGACAAGGUUUAUCGCCAUCAGCGUGUUCCAGCAGUUCCUGUUGUCACUUUCAACCAAGAUCAUGGAGGGACCAGCUAGUGUGCAGGAAUAUCUGGUGUUUAUACCGCCAGAAAUCCCCAUCCACCUUCGGUCCUUGGUUCAGAGCUACGCUUCUUUGAGUACUCGGACCGGUUAA